UCCUCAAGAAGGGCUCGUCGAUAUGAAUCUUACUGUCCCAGCCAAUCAGGGCGCAGGGGACAACCGCGCAAGACUAUUUUAUUCUUUGAAUGAAACACACAAGGGGGGGCCUCCAGCCCAGCGGGCGUGGCCAGCGCUGCCGGCGUCCAGCGCCCCUCGGAGAAACACUACCGAUUGGUGUCCCGUAGAGGGCUUGACCAGGCGAGGCAUGGCGAGGAGGGGGGAGGAGAGGGGGAGACAGAGGAGGAAGGAGGCGGAGGUGGCGAGUGCUGACAAGGCCAGGGCUGGCAGGCUGGGCACACUGGAGGCACGCCGCGCGGGGAUCUCGCACUGAGGAGCUUUCCCCGCGGCGGCUCAGGCGGACGGCGCAAGGGCCCUGGCUGGAUCACCCUGUGUAGGACUCCCGCGACGGACCUUCGAAGGAGGCGCAGGAGGAACGGCGACGACGACGACGACGACGACGGGGAUGGGAGGAGGGAGGGAGGAGCGAAGAAGGGGAGGCGGGAGACAAGGGGAGAGAAGGGGCAGG